CAUCCUGCUGUGUGCUGCGGGCUGUUAAUUGACCAUGUCUUCUCACAAGACUUUCAGGAUCAAGCGAUUCCUGGCCAAGAAACAAAGGCAGAAUCGUGCCAUUCCCCAGUGGAUUCGGAUGAAAACUGGUAAUAAAAUCAGGUACAACUCCAAGAGGAGGCACUGGAGGAGAACCAAGCUGGGUCUCUAAGGCGUCCCACAUCACGCGAUGACACACCUAAUUGGCACCAAUUAAGCUACUUAAGGAUCAUGUGUUCUAUUCCAUCACCCUGUAAACACCUUUCUGCCUGGCCAAUAGAUACCAUUUAUCAGCGAAAGAUUUUUCUGUUACUAUAGCUCUGCACCAGUGGGUUGGUUUGGUAAUAAACGUGAGGCCUUUGAGCUGUA